CCCACGAUAUUUCUUCUCUUAAAAUCACGCCUUCAACUUAUUUUCUCGACAUUUCUUCACUGGAAGAGAAAAUUAAGAAAAAUCCUAUCAAUUUCUUCAAAAUUCUCCAUGAAAUCAAUGUGUUAGGCUUGGAAAUUCUUCUCUUGUCUAGAUAAUGGAGGGCAGAGGUGAUUGCAAGGCCCUCAUAUGGACAAUAAUUGUAUGAAAGAUGCAUUGUUGGAGGAUGAGCAAGAAAGACCACAAGACGGAUUGGGAUGGAAAUGAUCUCAAUCAUAUAAAUCAAGAUAGAUCUGGCCAAGUUGAAAGUCAAAGUUCAAGGGCCAAGCUAGUUCCUAGAAGAGCAAAUGAGAAUUCAACAAAUGAAAUGCAGCAAAAUUCUCCAAUAAAUGGAUACAUUUUCAUGCCCACAACUAAACUUGGGGUCACAAGUGAUGCACAAUCUAACAACAAUGAUCCUUUUCCUACUACAGUAAGGCAAACUGAAAAUAUUCUACUAGCCAACAUGGUCGACAAUUUUUCGUCUUAGAAGCCCAAGAAAAUGCAAGAAAGGGGGCUGAUAGGGUAAAGCACACAAAAGUGGUCAAAGGAUCAGCUCCUUUUGCACAUCCAAGGAUGAGGAAGAGUGGAGCAACUCAGUAAAAUUAUUUUUAAUUGGUAACCUAUGUUCUAAAUGGUUGUAGUUUAGAGUCGUCAUGGAAGUUUUUGACGACGAACUACUUUUUGCUGUAGUUUAGAGCAUUAGAGUGGUCAGGGAAUGUUUUUGAAAUGUAGUUUAACCACCAUUCUAAACUAAAUGUUUUUUGAGUGAAUGGUUAUAUUCCGGCAGUAUACUAGUUUAUAUUCCUAAUUUUGAGAAUAAAUGAACUAUA